GGGCCGACAUUCUGUGAGCAAAACGCAAAAAAAAAAAAAAGGGUGCAAAUACGUCCAAUCAAAGCAAUUGGCUAUUGGCUGAAAAAGAUUCUUUGGUUAAUAUGAUGGCUUACUGCUAAUCCUCUGCCGCGAGUAUUGUAUGGUUCUACCGUUAGUAUUGAAUGAUAUGCUGGACAUUGGUCUUGUUUUUCCUUUCUACUAGGAUUAAAAGUGCGGACUUUCUUUCCGCCCCCCCAAAAAAAACAAACCCGUGCAACUUUUUCGUUGUAUUUAUUUUGGUUCCAUUUUUUUUUUUUUUUUUCAUAUUUUUCACUUUGAACAUAUUGCCAGCUCCGAAAACUACAAAAAGAGCCCUAAGAGCGGCAUAUAGAUGUAAGGAGCACCCGGGAAGCAAGGGCCAUUGGGCAUUUAGGGCAUUUUCCCAGCAAUUGCCAUGGUUAACUGGUGCUGGAACGGAUCAACCGCGUAGUGGUGUGGUUAGCACGGUCAGGUGGUUGUUUCGUAGAGGAGUUUUUUUCUCGCACAAGUCUUGACCGACACAUUAUUGGACAAAUUGCUAGUAAAUUCCCUCCAGAACGUUUUUUUUCCCUUUGCAAGCUUAUUAAGCUUACUCCGUUUGACUGAAAUCCAUCAGUUCGCAAUUAUUAACCUAUAUAAAAUACCACAACUUCCUCACUAGCGAAAAAAAGGAAAAAAUUGGAUUUUUUAGUUUCUCUCCUUUUUUGUAU